CUCCCAUGCUGCUCUCCGCUCGGUGACGUCGGACCCGGAAGUGUGCGUGCUGCGGGCGGUGCUGUGUUUACUUCCGCCGGAGUCGGAGCUGGAGCCGGGGAGCGGGAGACCCCGAGGAUGAGCUGAGCCGGAGGGGGCGGCAGACAUGGAGUGGCUUAUGGGAAAAUCAAAGGCUAAGCCAAAUGGUAAGAAGCCUGCCUCCGAAGAGAAGAAGCUGUACCUGGAGCCUGAAUACACCCGUGUCCGCGUCACAGACUUUGAAUUCAAGCAACUAGUGACAUUACCGCAAGAGAUUGACCUCAACGAGUGGAUGGCCAGCAACAUUACCACUUUCUUUAACCACAUCAACCUUCAGUACAGCACCAUCUCAGAGUUCUGCACAGCGGAGACGUGCCAGACUAUGGCUGCCUGCAACACACAGUACUACUGGUAUGACGAGCGGGGGAAGAAGAUAAAAUGUACAGCCCCUCAGUACAUUGACUUUGUUAUGAGUUCAGUACAGAAAUUGGUGACAGACGAGGAUAUCUUCCCCACCAAAUACGGCAGGGACUUUCCGAGCUCCUUCGACACCUUGGUGAAGAAGAUCUGCAGAUACCUAUUCCAUGUUGUUGCUCACAUUUAUUCAGCUCAUUUCAAAGAGAUCGUCGCCAUGGAGCUACACGGACACUUAAACUCUCUGUUUAUUCAUUUCCUCCUGUUUGUGCGGGAGUUUAAUCUACUGGACCCCAAGGAGACCGCCAUCCUGGACGACCUGUCUGAAAUGCUCUUCUCGGAGGACAGCAGGGAGGCAGCAGGGGCCACGGGAGGGGCACAGAACCAUGUGAAGGAGAGAUGAGUUCUCCCCCACAAUGUCCCGCUUCCUUUCCUUCCACUGCCCCCUCCCAGCGUGCCCUAACCCCUA